CUGGCGAAAUCAGUCCUUUUUCCACGGAGUCCGCUGAGAGGGUUGGGGGGGGGCCUAGGAGCCAUCUUAGUGUCAACUUCUCGACACAAUCCAACAAAAUGAUCAUCUACAAGGACUUAAUCUCCGGAGAUGAGAUGUUCUCGGACAUCUACGACAUUAAGGUAUCUCCGACCGGAGUGUUGCUCGAAGUCGAGGGAAAGAUGGUCAGCAGGUCAGAAAGCAUUGACGACUCCUUGCUUGGCGCCAACGCCUCUGCAGAGGUCCUUGAUGAGGGCUUUGAUUCCGCCACGGUCAGCGGCGUGGACAUUGUUCUGAACCACAAGCUGCAGGAGACAUCGUUCACAAAAAACAGCUACAAGACAUACAUCAAAGAUUACAUGAAGUUAGUCAAAGCAAAGUUGGAAGAAACCAACCCAGACAGAGUAAAGGCCUUCAUGACUGGUGCACAGGAGGAGAUCAAAAAGAUCAUUGCAAACAUAAAUAACUACCAGUUCUUCACAGGGGAGUCCAUGAACCCUGAGGGCAUGGUGGGUCUGCUGGAUUACCGUGAAGAUGGUACCACCCCCUAUAUGAUCUUCUUCAAAGAUGGUUUGGAGAUUGAGAAAUGUUGAUGUAUCUGGAUGCAGUUUCUCUUCUCUUCUCUGCUGUCUGCUGCUUCUCAUCAGUACUGACCCAAGAUCAAGUCCUGGACUACUUAUUUGCUCUUUGUUUGGAGUGGAAGAAUUGUUUUAAACAUGUCAAAUGAUUGAAUAUUUUGGCCAGCCUUCCCCCACAUCCAACCAGGCACAGGACACCUUCGGCAAUGACAGUAGACAAUGUUUGAGAAAGAUGGUGUGUAUGUACACCUUUAUUGUGCAAGGACACUUUGCCCAAACCAGGAUUAUUUGCAAAACGCUGGUUCUGCUCAAUAUCUGUUGCAACAGGUCCAGUGUCCCUUCCCGGAAAUUGUUUGGAUUAUUUUUUGAGCUGUAAAAUUUGAAAUAAACCACUGAAUAAGUAAAA